UCUGACAGAAUAUUAAUGAACUAUUGUUUCAGUCGCAAAGAUGAACGUUUGUCUUUCCUCGAUUUACAAACGUUAGUGGUUAAUAAACCCUGCCCACGCACUGCUCCGAUUUCGACAGUAAUUAAUCGGCCGGUUGCGGAUGCUGUAGCAUUAGCUGCUAAAGCUGAGAACAUUGCGGAACCUCCUACUCUUCUGCAGCCACGUAUUUGUGAACCUCGAAAACCAAGGGAUUCUCAUUACCCACUAUCUCUGGUUCCUGGCCAAUUUUGUGAGAAGUAUUACAAUUACUCAGCACUGGAACUAAGGAAAGUACCACUAAACACAAUUUUGGAACUUCCAUUUAAACUCUGGCAAGAUAAUGGGCAGGAAAAUAACAGCUCUGAUACGGACUCCGCAACCGAAAGUGUUGAUAAUAAAGUUGACCUGGUGGAAUCAAGAACAUUGUCAACAAAACGGCAAAACAAACGAUGUGCACGUCUAAAUCGUCCUUAUGAAAAUAGUUUUGCCGAAUUUAAAAUACCACCAAUACCAGGUACUUCGGCAUCGACAAGGAACUCUAGUGGUUCAUCUUCGUCAGAUGAAUCAUCCUCAGAAAGUGAUUCCGAUUCUUCUUGUUCAUCAUCGUCAUUGUCGUCAGAAGAUGUUUCGGAUGAAGAGGAUUCCCCGGCUAUCUGUGCGGUUUGUUUGCGCCCGCAUAAUCGCAAUCUGAAUGACAUGCCAGAAUUGUUUGUGCAAUGCUAUACAUGCCGACGGAAAGUUCACCCUAGCUGUAUUGAGAUGCCGCGGCGGAUGACACUCCGUGUUCGCAAUUACAAUUGGCAAUGUGCUGAUUGUAAGUGCUGCAUUAAAUGCAAACAAAAACAGGAUGGAAAUAAAAUGUUAUAUUGUGAACAAUGCGAUCGUGGUUUUCACAUAUAUUGCCUUGGAAUAAAGGCGGUGCCUGAAGGUCGUUGGAGUUGCAAUCGUUGCAGUAUUUGUAUGAGAUGUGGGGCAACCACGCCGGAAGGCAUACCAUCCUAUAAUCAGUUGUUGAACUCUCCAAGUGGAGAUCAAGGUAAACAGCAUCGCCAUAAAAGGCUCAAAUGGGUCAAUGAAUAUCGCGUGGAUCCGAUUACAAAGGUUAAAGAACAUACAUCUAUGCUGUGUGUUCCGUGCGCCAAAAUGAAAGCGACAAAGAGAAACCAAGCAUCAUUUCACAACAUUUCAAAUGGACUUGCUCUUUCUCCAGGUGCGCGCGGUAGUGAUCCAAGUAGUUCACCUGGUGUAGUAUCUUCGAUGACACCAACAUUGAGUGCAGAUGCAGCGUACACGGAAACCACAACGGAAGACACUGCGAGUAGCAUUGGGUCGAACGUGAAACCAAGUGAGGAGUUAAGUUGUUCAGAGAAAAGUGAAAGCGGUAUGCUUUUGACAAACUCUAAAAAUGCCCCUCCGCCAGUAGUUGCCUGAGUGGGGGUUAUACGGUGGCAUUUUCCCAAGCCGCAGCCACCGAAGCAAUCACCUUGUUCUUCAACGAAUUUAUAACAGACUAGUUCUAAUGAGGAAGAACUUCGAAAAGAGCGCAGGUUGGGCAACAGAAUAUAGUUUUUACUUUAAUAUAUUUAUGUAUUUUUUAUUUUAUGCGAAUUAAAAAUGGAAAAGUGCAUUUAUAAACAUUACCAAUUGGUUUGUUUUGUGGAAAAGAAAGUAUAUAUGUAAAUUCAGAACAUGUUUUUGACUGAUCUGUACGAAUAAUUUUUCUGAUCCCCAAAAUUGUAUAUUAAGUCACACAAAUUACUUUUAAUAAAAUAUGAUAGUCCUUUCUAACAAA